AUGGCCAUCUCCAUCGCUGACAGUUCCUGUAGCCCGACCAGCUCGUUGGGUCUGUUGCUGGACCCGGAAAAGCUCGACCCGCCGCGGCCAAAGCAGAGCAUGUGGCAUCGCCUUGGUCUCCGGAAAUGGCUGGGCCGUGAUGAUCGAGAUUUUUCGUCCAGGUCCCCCACCAGUAGUGGUGACUCGUCCCCCACGGGAAAUCAUCGGUCCAAGCGGAACAAUAGCCACAGCCAUAGCAACGGGAGUGGGAAGGAUAGUACUAGUCAUACUCAUGAUCUCAACCGCAACAGCACUCCCCCCGACCACAACCCCAGCAACCACUCCAAAUCCCACGAUAACCUCACGCGUCGACUCUCGCGAAAGGUAGGCGUUAGUCUACCUCGAUCCGCCACCUUCAAAAGACAGAAUUCCGAGCGUCGAGACCGUCUGUCCCCUAUUGACAAUGAGCCCAGACGGGCCGUCUCCGCCGACCGUCGUACCUUGAGUGCGCAGCGGACCAGGUCCCCACAGCCCGUCGUGGACCCCAGAUUGUCCGCUCCCGAGGUUCACUGGCGCGUCGACCCUGACGCAUCCACGGUUGACGACCUCCCGGAGACGAAUGAGGAGCCCAUGCAAGAUAACGAGAUCCCCUCCGAAUGGAACCCAUACCCCCAUGUGACGGACGUUCCCGAAGAGCCCCCCGCGGACAUUCUCGACAUGGAGUUGGAGAAACGGUGGAUUUUGAACUUGAGCAUGCACUUCCGCGACCGCUCGGAACGAGAAAAAUUUUUCGUCACUUAUGCGGAAGCGCCCAACCGAUGGCGCCGGGUGACCAUCUCCUGCGAUUACCGCGACGCCCCGCCCGAUUCAUUAGAGCACGAUCUGAAGGAAUUACGCUACCAGCGAGACAAGUGUGCUCGAAUCUACGAGUCCAUCCGCGAGUCGCUCCCCGACAUCCAAUUUUACGAUACCGUGACCAACCUGAAGCUCGAGACCCGCGAUGGCCGUCUGCAUGUGCACGUUACCGAAGACGUGAACGAAAUCAUCCCCUACCCGCCAAUUUCUUGUAUUGGACACUUGCCCGAAGCCCGUUUGAUUCCUGAACGCCGCCUGCAUUUCGAGACGCACUUGUCGGGCUUUGUAUAUAAUGUGAGACUGGAUGGCCGGGCCUUUAUCAAGAAGGAAAUCCCCGGUCCCGAUACCGUGGACGAAUUCCUCUACGAGAUCAACGCGCUGCACGCCCUCUAUGGCACCCCCAAUGUAAUUAGGGUCGAAGGAAUUGUGGUUGAUGAUCGAGAAGAGGUGGUCAAGGGCCUGCUCAUUAGCUUUGCCGAGAAAGGGGCGCUGGUGGACAUUCUGUAUGAGUAUCGCGGCACGAUUGCUUGGGAACGCCGUGAGCGCUGGGCCAAACAGAUUGUGCAAGGUCUCUGUGAGAUUCACGAGGCCGGCUACGUCCAAGGUGACUUUACCUUGUCGAAUAUUGUGGUGGAUGCGAAUGAUGAUGCCAAGAUCAUUGAUAUCAACCGACGUGGCUGCCCGGUGGGAUGGGAGCCUCCGGAGAUCGCAGCGAAGAUUGAGAGCAACCAGCGAAUAUCGAUGUAUAUCGGCGUUAAGACGGAUCUCUUCCAGCUAGGGAUGACGCUAUGGGCUCUGGCGAUGGAGGAAGACGAACCGGAGCGGCAGCGCCGACCAUUUGUGAUAGAUGAGGAUUUCCCUAUUCCGGACUAUUAUCGAAGACUAGUUUCUAUCUGCUUGAGUCCCAUCCCUCGACACCGCCUCUCUGCCAAGGAGCUGCUGACCUUUUUUCCUCGCGUGAUGUCAAUGGUUGAACAACCUCCCCGAGUGCAGCCAACACACACAAGUCUCGGGGUAGGGCUACAUAACGGCGCUCUGCCGUGGUAUGAUGCUCGUACAGCUUUUAUGUACCCACGAGGAAGACCUAUCUGGGAAUGUGCACCCGCGCCUACCCUGUCAAACGGUGCACACAGGGAAGAGAUUAUGCAUUCUGAGACUUUACCGCCUACCCAGCAACCUCAGGACAGUGGGAUACCCGUUGAAGCGUCUGGCUCUGCGUUCCCGCUCCCAGCCACGCCAGAAGACCCCCAAGGACCCCCCGAGGACACGACUCAGGAAUAUGAGGAGAACGGUAUUGACCUGGACGCUAGUGUUGACACCCGUUAUCGUGAUUCGUCAACGGUCCCAACGGCGGACCUACUACCAUUCAACGCGGAUUCCCUACCUGAUGAGCUUGCUGGUGUUGGUGGACAUCCCGCCUGCUAUCUGAGGCCUCCUUCCAGCAAUCACCUAGUCAUCGAUCCGGCUCGCGGCCAGGAUUCCCCAGAGUCAUCUGUACCAACCCAAUCUACCUAUAAUUAUCCCGUACUCGACCUCGGCCAUGCCGUGAUUCAAGACCAGGAUUGGACUAGACAGGCACCAUCCGGAUCUAUGUCUUCUCUACUGCAAUCCGUGCUACCUAUUAAUCCGGCCGCCACUCUAUCAGACCAGAAAAUACUGGAUACCACGGUGGAUAGCCUGAUACCGUUAAGUAUUCACUCAUCGCUAGGAUAUCGUCGUCCUGCCCUACAGGAACACACCCCAUAUCUUAACGAUUCUCACUUACCCAUCAACCCGGCGUUUACGGACAACGCCUUGACAUCCAUAUGACCUGGAAUACUCUGACCUGACAUUUACGACACCACUUCCUAGUUUGAUACCAAUAAUUGCUCUAUAUUCGUUUGGCAUAGGGACUUCCCUUGGCCCUUGACAACGCGCAAAUUUUGCGCUGUACAGUUACUAUCUCGACGUUGCUUCAGUACAAGGUAGCAGGAUAUGAUGGCGAACAUUGGCGUUAGAUUGAUUUUUUUUUUUUUUUUUUUUUUU